AUAUGUCAACAAUAAGGGGAACUAAUUUUGAGUCCGCUUACAAUUUGAGCCAACUUGCAUACCCACUUCUAAAAGCAUCAGGAUGUGGUAGCAUAGUAAACAUCUCCUCUACUUUUGGAGUGAAAGCUUCCCCAAAGGUUUCAAUCUAUGCAGCAUCUAAAGGAGCUAUGAAUCAAGUCUCGAAGAACUUGGCAUUAGAAUGGGCAAAAGAUAACAUUCGUGUAAAUGUUGUAGCACCAGGACCUGUGAAGACCUUACUUUUGGAAUAUUUUAUGAAUGCAGCUAAAGGGGAAGAUGUAAACAACAAAGCGCCUGAAACUCCCGUCAAACAUCGCGCCGGAGAUCCUAAAGAGAUUUCAGCGAUAGUUGCUUUCCUAUGCUUACCUGCUACUUCAUACAUCACUGGACAAGUUAUAGUUGCAGAUGGAGGUUCCAUACUUUAAAAAAUACUUGUUUUGUCACUUCCAGGUUAUUCUGUAACUUUAUAUCAUUGAAGUCAAGGAUUAGAAACUCCAAAUUAGUAACAUGUUCUUGGAAUGUAAUUGAUUGUUGAUUGUAUAAUGGGAACGCUAGUGUAUGAAAAGCAUGCGAGGGAGAUAAGCACCAAACUCACCUUGUACUUGUCACUCAAGACAUGUAUGAACUCAGCAUGUUACAUAUUGUUGCGUGCACAA